AUGAGCUGUGAUGUGUUGGUGCUGCUCUUAUCUCCUGUCUCUGCAUGCAUGUACCUGUGGACUGGGAAAUUUGCAACAAAAAGUGAGCAGCUGGUAGGGGAAGACCUAGACAUGGACUCAAGCAAAUUCUUGGCAGAGACAAUCACCCCAUUGGAGGAGCUAAGAGAGAAGCCAUCUGAAAUGAGGACAAAAAUGGAAUUGCUGAUUAUGGAAGCCCAGGCUGAUUUUGUGCAGGCACUUGAAGCCCUGGAAACUAAGUCAGAACAGCAUUUCCAUGUUGAUCGAUGGCUGCGCCCUGAAGGUGGUGGUGGAGUCACAUGCAUUUGUCAAGAUGGAGAAGUGUUCGAGAAGGCAGGGGUGAAUGUAUCUGUAGUGAAUGGAGUGCUUCCACCCAGUGCAGUUGCCCAGAUGAGAGCCAGGGGAAAGCAGCUGCCAGAAGGGAGGACCCUUCCCUUCUUUGCAGCUGGUAUUAGCUCUGUGAUCCAUCCAGUGAACCCCCAUGUUCCCACUGUGCACUUCAAUUAUCGAUACUUCGAGGUCCAGGAUGGUGAUCAGGUACAGUGGUGGUUUGGUGGUGGGACAGACCUCACGCCAUAUUAUCUCUAUGUGGAUGAUGUGGUGCAUUUCCACUCUGCCUUGAAGGCAGCUUGUGACCGUCAUAAUUUGACCUACUAUCCAAAGUUCAAAAAGUGGUGUGAUGAUUAUUUUCAUGUGGUACAUCGGGGGGAGCGGCGUGGUGUUGGUGGCAUCUUCUUUGAUGACCUUGACACUCCAGAUCCAGAGUCUGUUUUUGCAUUUGUUCAUUCAUGCUCUCAAUCUGUCAUACCAUCAUAUAUUCCUUUAGUGGAAAAGCGAGCAAGUAUGCCCUAUUCAGGUGAAGAGCGAUUGUGGCAGCAGUUGCGACGUGGCCGCUAUGUGGAGUUCAAUUUGAUAUAUGACCGUGGGACCAAGUUUGGCCUGUAUACUCCAGGUGCAAGGAUUGAAAGCAUUCUCAUGUCCUUGCCAUUGACAGCCCGUUGGGAGUAUAUGCAUGAGCCUACUGAGGGGACAAGGGAGCAGGAAUUGUUGGAAAUUCUCAGGGAACCUAGGGAUUGGAUCUUAUAAAUUGUAUCAAGGA